AAAAAUUAAAAUUCAACCCAUAAUAUUAGAGGGAGAGAAAUGAGGGAGGGAGAGAGGGGGUAAUUCACAAGGGAAGAAAAUCCUGCUUCCACCGUUACACCCUCUCUCACAUUUUCGUUAAGUUUCUCUUUUUGUUUUUGUCUUUCUCUCUCUCUUUCUUUAUUUACAUCUUAGCUACCCUUUUUUUUAUUCAAUGCUCUAUAAACGAAAAAUUUGAAGGUGGGUUUUUGGUUCUUGGUUUUGAAUUUGGUGAUCUGUGUUUUUUUUUUGUGCGUGGGAAAUUGUUGGGAGAAGGAGAGGGAGGGGAGAGAAAUGGAGGAAGGGAGAUUAUGUCAGUGGAGUGUUUGCAGAUCUCUUCUCGCAAUUGUCCAGUGGUGGGGUUUUAAUGUUACCGUCAUUAUCAUUAACAAAUGGAUCUUUCAGAAAUUGGAUUUCAAGUUCCCUCUAUCAGUAUCAUGCGUUCACUUCAUAACUUCAUCAUUUGGAGCAUAUAUGGUAAUCAAAGUGCUAAAGCUUAAACCUCUAAUAGUGGUUGAUCCUGAAGAUCGCUGGAAAAGGAUAUUUCCCAUGUCUUUUGUAUUCUGCGUCAACAUAGUGUUGGGAAAUGUCAGUUUGCGCUACAUCCCAGUUUCUUUUAUGCAGACUAUAAAGUCAUUCACUCCUGCUACAACAGUUAUUUUGCAGUGGCUAGUUUGGAGGAAGUACUUUGAUUGGCGAAUUUGGGCCUCUUUGAUUCCUAUUGUCGGAGGAAUUCUUCUCACAUCUAUUACAGAGCUUAGUUUUAAUAUGUUUGGUUUUUGUGCUGCCUUAUUUGGAUGUUUAGCUACUUCUACAAAGACUAUCCUUGCUGAAUCACUGCUGCAUGGAUACAAGUUUGAUAGCAUAAACACUGUCUACUACAUGGCACCUUUUGCAACCUUGAUCUUGGGAGUACCAGCAAUGUUACUAGAAGGUAAUGGCAUUAUGGAAUGGUUUGAGACACACCCUUCUCCCUGGCCAGCUCUCAUCAUUAUUUUCAGCUCUGGAGUGCUGGCUUUCUGUCUUAACUUCUCCAUCUUUUACGUGAUUCACUCAACUACAGCUGUAACAUUUAAUGUUGCUGGGAACCUUAAGGUAGCAGUUGCUGUGUUGAUUUCAUGGAUGAUAUUCAAAAACCCGAUUUCGGGUCUAAAUGCUGUUGGCUGUGGUAUCACACUUGUGGGAUGUACAUUUUACGGGUACGUCCGACACUUGCUUUCUCAACAGCCGCCUGGAACGCCACGAACACCCCGGACACCUAGGAACAGGAUGGAACAACUACUACCCCUUGUAAAUAAUAAUGAUAAGUUAGAUGACAAGAUCUAAUUUAGGUUGUUAUGCAUGGGGGUUCUUGGAUGAUACAAAGAAAUGGCAUGAUUUGGAAAGGUUGAUUUUAUCACCUUGUGCGGUUCUACGUUAGAUUUACUCAGUUGGGGAAGUUUUUAACAUAUUUUGUUGUCUCUCAGAUACAGAAAUUUAUUUUCUUACAUCUCUUUAUUUGUUAGAGUGCCUCAAAUAUGUAGUACAUGAAAUCAAUGGAAAUUUUCUCCAUUUUGCUGCUCAGACUCUCUGUUUCCCGAUACUAGUUUGUAAGUCACUCAAGUUCAGCUCGACCAUUGUUGACUCAAGUUCGAGUAUUGAUUGAGUUGGAUUCAAGUAUUUUGAUAUUUGAUUUGAACAAGCUGCCAGCUUAAUCGAGAUUUUAUUUUUUUA